AUGCCAGACCCAUCUGUACCGCAAGCCCCAGCGGCCAAGCGACAAGAGAGAGAGAUCGUUAAGCAAGCGUUUAAUCAGCAGGUUAUGGAACUGAAAGUGCCCUUCGAGUCCCAAGUGUCUGCUAUUGCCCUUGAGUUUUCAAGCCAUAGUCACCGCUAUUCCAAGCAACAGAUUAGGAACCAGAUUAUCUAUAAAUUGUCGAAACCAAAGGAGACACGGAAGCCCAUGCUCUCCAACGCAUGGGCUCAUGCCGAGGCCGAGGCAUGA